CAAAGUGCUAGGAUUACAGGCGUGUACCACUGUGCCCAGCCUGUAAUUGUUAAUGGUGCCCCCUUUCAGUCUCAGAAAUGUCCCAGUUUAGACAAUAAAUCAUGUGGUAACUGUGCUACUAAGUGCCAGCCCUUCGGUGAGCUCAGGGAACAAAGAAGUGAGUCUGAGCACUCACACUUGGGUGCUCUGUGGGUAGCGGGGGUCUCCCAACAUGGUUGUGACCCAGUGUGGUAAGUAUGGAUAUGGAAUAGAAUCAUGUAUAAUUACUGAAGUCAGAGUUCUUAAUGUCAAGACCUUGGGUGGACGUUGAGAGGUUUUGAACUCCCUGAAGUGGAAGAUAAGUUGCGUGUGUCCAGGCUUCUCUAGGGAGAGGAGCCAUAGCCUUCAUCAGACUCUCAGAGCAGCCAUGAUUCUCAGAAGUCCCCACUGACACUGACACGGAGAGUGAGCUGCCUUGGGUGGGCAUCAGGUACUCUCGGGCCAUUCUCUUGAGGCAGAAAGAGUGAUUUUGCAGCCUUGGAUGUUGAAGUAAUUUCCUAAGUCAAACUGCAGAGGGCGAGCAGGCCCGGUGAGUACUUCUUAAAACUAUUUUACAUCGCAAUACAUCGACCUCUUGGGGUUUUAAUUUUCGUCAGCAUUUCCUGUGGUCUCAGUCUAAAGGUGGUGUUUCUUUUGGGGGGGUUUCUUUUAUUGGAUUCAUGUCUAAUUUAAGUAUCUAAUCUUUGAACUUUAGACAAGUUUAAAAUCGUAAAAUAAAUGACUGAUGUCACCAGUUGGAUCUUCACAUGGUCAGUCAUCAUUGUUUUUUAGCUAGGAGUCUUUAUAUUAAUCGAUCAGACAGUCACUUGUCCAUCUUUAUGAAAAUGUGUGUAUUUGCUUCUCAGAGGGCCGAGAUGGGAGUAUAGAUGGAUCAGCACAAAACUUAAAAAAAAAAGAAAGAUGGCAAAAUCUAGUUAACGGAAAUCCCCAAUUUAUGCACGGGGUAUGUUCCAAAAAAGAAUUUAUAAAAUCCGUUUGGAACUUGGGUCCCUCUUUCCUACAGAGCAGUGGCUAAUGGUAGGGGUUGGCUCCCAGACACUACCUCCAUUCCUAGUCCAGGGCUGUGCUAGUGCCUGCACCUGGACAGCAGGUCUGCGCUGCAGCCGCCAUGUGGCCCCGGUUUCCUUAUCUAGAAAUGGGGACCAGCACUUAUUUUGAAGGCUGAUGUGAGAAUUCAGAAUGAUGUGAGGGUGUAAGUUAGGUGCCUGGCAGUAGUCUGUCAGCGGGCGGUGGCUGGCUGUUGGUUUGACUGCAUUGCUUUCAUAAGGUAGUCUUAUAUUAAGUGGAUUCUCAGGUGUCUGUGAGUGAAACAAUGAAUAAAUCACUCCCAAGUGCUUCAGGAAACUGGGACUGACUCUGACAGCAGUGACAGGGAUGUGGUGGUGAUAAAUUGGAGAUGACGUCUACUUGUCUUCACGGUAAUUCAGCAUAAGUUAAAACGUGUCGUGCAUGUUCCAGGCACAUUAUCAGGGGGUAUCUCUUCAAGUCAUUGUGACAGUCUCAUAAAGUGAGACUGUCCCCAUGUUUCAGAUGAAGAAGCUGAGGUCUGGCAAGUUCACAUAAUGAGCGAACCCAAGGUCCUAACCCUCGGGAGCAGCAGACCUGGGAUCCAGGCUGUAAUGCAGAGCCCAAACUGUGCUCCCCGUGUGUCCCGUGAGGAACACAGUGCACUAAAAGGCGCCUUCCUGCUGUUAACGGGGCCGCUUCUUGCAUUAGUGCAGAUAAUUGAAGUUAGGAACUCUUUUAUUUCUUUAGGAUUUCAUUUCAAGUUUGCCGAAAUAUAAAAAACAAUUUUCUUGGGCAUAAUCUUGGCAAUGAAACCAAAGUACAAACCGGUUUGCACCUGGGCCCUAGAGAAAGGGCUGAUCCCAGGCUAGGAGAGUCUGUGCAAAGCAUUGCUUAGUGCAGGAUAGUAUGUGGCAAAGCAGUGGCGGUCUGGCUGUGUUUUCUGCAGAGUAUCAGUAGUGUGAUUUUUUAAUAUUUUAAUAGUUUGAAGAGACAUUUAGUUUCGGGUUGAUUUAAGAGAUAACUUUGUUUCUGAGGUUGCUAUUAGAUUAUAAAGUAUGAGAAUCUGAGUUUAUCAGGUUAUAACAUUUAGUAACCAGUUCAGCAUGACCACAUGCUACUGGGUAACAGAUGCUACACUUAGGCAGCUGGGGAGAUGAAAAGUCCCUGCCCUUCUACGGACAAGCUUUUAAGAUAUACAGUGUAAUAAAAACUGUACAAAGACAGAUACAGGGUGUUAUUAAUAUCACUAAGUACAGGUGGGAGGGGAUUGCUAGUUUGCGACUCACCACCUGACUUUGCUGUAACACCCCACACACUAGAGGCCUCAGCAGGGGGCCGCUGUCCACUGUGUGGCCCCUGCAGCUGCUUGCAGCUCGGGAACCUGCGGAGUAGCCGCCUCCAGUCCCCACUUUGCAUUUCGGGACUGACUGUUCAGUGAUUCCUGCUAGUGGCCCUACCUUUGGGUACUGACCGGCAGUGUAGGUAGACCGAAAAGUGAACAGUUUUCAAAACUGUCCACUUUUAAGUGACUUAGAAUGGAUUGGUUGGUUUGUAAAUGUGUAUUAUUGCUAACCAUUUUGUUUUUAUAAAGUGAUGGAUUUUAAGUGAUUUAUCCUAAUGUAUGUGCAAUUUUAAUUUCCAUUAACAGCAAAAAAGAAAGAUGUUUAACUGUAGGUUCAGAUACCAACGCGUGAUACUAUGUAUCUUUAAACAGGUUGUCCUUUUAAAAGUAUAAAUUUAAAAGAUACAUACCUUUAUCUUUACUAUAUGUAAUUAUAUAAGUAAUUGAUAUACGCAAAAAAUGCCAGUGUGCAAUGCAUGACUUGCUGCCUCUAAGCCCGUAGUUAUCUUGGGAUGAAUAAACCAUUUCCAGAUCUUGCUGAGAUACCAAGUGGCGUGACUGGGACGUAUGCUAUUUGAAAUAAAAAAUGCUAAACAGCCUCAGAGGAUGAAGACUCCAGUGAACACAGACCCCACUGCUGCUCCUGCUGCUCCACCCCAACUUGGCCGGGCCGCCUGCUCCGGGUGGGUGCAGUGGGCGGGUCUGCCGCACACCACUGGGGUUGGCGCUUGCUCGUGCCCCGCCUUGUGUGAUCCCCUUUAGAACAGAGGGAGCAGUGCCCUGUCUUGAGUUUCCGAGGUGGGAAAACAAGAAAAUAUUCACUGUAUAAUUAAAUCUGGCUUAGUAAAAAUAGAAAUAAAGUCUUCUACAGCAACACUGUCUUUUACAUAAGCACACUACUUGGAUGUGUAAAAUUUUCUGCCAGUGUUCUUUUCCACAACAAAUCCCCGUGCGGGGUUUGGUGUGAGAGUCACUGGACACACGGAUGCUGCCUCUGGGCACCACUGGCGGCCCCGGGUCUGUGUCUGCCGAGAGCAGCCGGGGAGCCCUGGCGGGCGGCUGGAGGCCCUGCUCCGAGAAGUGCGCUUGGCGUCAGGAAAGGGCUCCUCACCUGGGCCCUGCCGACGGCUGGCCCGGCAUCCUUAGGAUGACUCCAGGAAAAUGGUCACACGUUGGCUUCAAUUUUGCUAUUUCCUUCCAUAAUGCAAAUUAUCCUGAAUUUCAGAAGUAAAUAUUCUUAAGAAUCACACAUUUUUUGCAAUCCAUAUCUUACUGCUCACUUUCUGUUACCUUGUGUGGGCUGCCCGUGAGAGGGGAAGGGGUAUGCGGGCCCCGUCUCAUUCUGCCAGAUCACUGAAAACAGGAGCCACCUAACACCCAGCUCAGUUGCGCAGAAUCCGACCCUGUGCCGUGGAGCUGCGGGCUGUCUUCCUCUGCAGAGCGCUGUGUGCACCCGGAGGUCCUGCUUCUCCGUCAGAACUGUGGGUACCGAUGGAUGUGGCCGAGAGCCCUGAACGGGAUCCUCGCUCUCCAGAGGACGAAGAGCAGCCGCAGGGGCUCUCGGACGAUGACAUUCUGAGGGACAGUGGGUCUGAGCAGGACUUGGACGGAGCUGGGGGGAGGGCUUCUGAUUUGGAGGAUGAAGAAAAUGUGGCCAGGGGGCCGAGCCGGGAGGACGAGGCCAACCGCUCCGACGAGGAGGACCGAGCGAGUGAGCCCAAAUCCCAGGACCAGGACUCCGAGGCCAACGAGUUGAGCAGGGGCCCAGCCAGCCCCCCGGGUGAGGAGGAAGGGGACGAGGGGGAGGAAGACCGGACGAGCGACCUCAGGGACGAGGCCUCCUCAGUCACAAGGGAGCUGGACGAGCACGAGCUGGACUAUGACGAGGAGGUCCCCGAGGAGCCAGCUCCCGCCGCCCAGGAGGACGAGGCCGAGAAGGCUGCAGCUGAGGACGACGAGGACAAGGGUGACGGCGCUCACAGGGAGGAGGGGGCGGCUGGUGCCCAAAGUGUGGGAGAAAAGGAGCCCCUGGAGGCUACCAAGGAGAAAAAGAAAGAGGACGAUGAUGGAGAAAUCGAUGACGGGGAGAUAGACGACGAUGACCUGGAGGAAGGUGAAGUAAAAGACCCCAGCGACAGGAAGGUGAGGCCUCGCCCCACCUGCCGGUUCUUCAUGAAAGAUGGGCCACCAUUAUCCACUCUUCUUCCACCAAUACCAAAUUCCAUACCAUUCAGAGGCCAGGUUAAAGGGAACUGUACCUGGGGCAUGAACUGUAGGUUUAUACACCCUGGAGUGAACGACAAGGGGAACUACUCCCUAAUCACCAAAGCCGACCCUUUCCCGCCCAACGGUGCCCCGCCUCUUGGACCUCACCCACUGAUGCCUGCCAACCCUUGGGGUGGGCCAGUAGUUGAUGAAAUUUUGCCUCCACCCCCUCCAGAGCCCCCAACAGAGAGUGCCUGGGAACGAGGACUCCGGCAUGCAAAGGAGGUUUUAAAAAAAGCAACCAUUCGAAAAGAACAGGAGCCGGAUUUUGAAGAGAAAAGAUUUACGGUGACCAUUGGUGAAGAUGAACGGGAGUUUGACAAGGAAAAUGAAGUUUUCCGAGAUUGGAAUUCUCGGGUCCCAAGAGAUAUCAGAGAUACCGCACUGGAGCCUUACGCGGACCCUUAUUAUGACUAUGAAAUAGAGCGGUUUUGGCGUGGUGGACAGUAUGAGAAUUUCAGGGUACAAUACACAGAAUCAGAACCGUACCAUAAUUACCGAGAAAGGGAGCGGGAGCGCGAGAGAGAAAACAGACAGCGCGAGCGGGAGCGCGAGCGGGAGCGGGACCGCGAGCGGGAGCGCCGGCAGAGGGAGCGAGAGCGCGAGCGAGAGCGGGAGCGCGACAAGGAGCGGCAGCGGAGGAAGGAGGAGUGGGAACGCGAGCGGGCCAAGCGCGACGAGAAGGACCGGCAGCACCGCGACCGCGAGCGGGAGAAGGAGCGGGACAAGGACAAGGAGAAGCCCAGGCCCCGCUCGCCACAGCCACCAAGCCGUCAAGCUGAGCCACCAAAGAAGGAGGCGGCCUCCGCAGGGCCACAGGUGAAGCGGGCAGAUGAGUGGAAGGACCCGUGGCGCCGAUCCAAGUCUCCCAAGAAGAAACUGGGGGUGUCCGUCUCCCCUAGCCGAGCACGGAGGCGUCGGAAAGCUUCAGCCUCGUCAGCCUCCGCCUCCAACUCUUCCAGGUCGUCUUCGCGGUCUUCGUCCUACUCCGGCUCUGGCUCGUCCCGGUCGCGCUCCCGAUCCUCAUCCUACAGCUCCUACUCCAGCCGGUCCUCCAGGCACAGCUCGUUCUCAGGCAGCCGGUCCAGGUCCCGGUCCUUCUCCUCGUCCCCGUCCCCGUCCCCAACGCCUUCUCCGCACAGACCUUCCGUCAGAACCAAGGGGGAGCCAGCCCCGCCCCCCGGGAAAGCUGGAGAGAAGCCCGUGAAGAAGCCGGCCCCGCCUCCUGCCCCACCGCAGGCCACCAAAACCACCGCCCCUGCCCCUGAGCCCACCAAACCAGGAGACCCUCGAGAAGCCAGGAGGAAGGAGCGACAAGCCAGGAGCCCCCCCAGGAGGCGGACGCGCAGCGGCAGCGGCAGCAGCAGCAGCUACAGCGGCUCCAGCUCUCGAUCCAGGUCCCUGAGUGUGAGCAGCGUCUCCUCAGUGUCCAGCGCCACGUCGAGCAGCAGCUCCGUGCACAGCGUGGACUCAGAGGACAUGUAUGCAGACCUGGCCAGCCCCGUGUCCUCAGCCAGCUCGAGGUCCCCGACCCCAGCCCAGACCAAGAAGGAGAAAGGAAAGUCUAAGAGGGAAGAUGGUGUGAAAGAGGAAAGGCGGAAGAGGGACCCGUCCACGCAGCCACCCAAGUCUGCCAAGGGCCCGGCAGGCGGGAAGUCUUCCCAGCAGCCCUCCACGCCCCAGCAGGGCCCCCCGGGGCAGCCCCAGCAGGGCUCGUUUGUCCCCCACAAGGAGAUCAAGUUGACGCUGUUGAACAAGGCGGCUGAUAAAAGCAGCAGGAAGCGCUAUGAGCCGUCAGACAAGGACCGGCAAAGUCCUCCAGCCAAGCGGGCCAACUUGUCCCCAGACCGAGGUUCUCGGGACCGGAAGUCUGGUGGGAGACUGGGCUCCCCGAAGCCAGAGCGGCAGCGAGGCCAGAACUCCAAAGCCCCCGCGGCCCCCGCAGACAGGAAGCGCCAGGUGUCACCACAGUCGAAGAGCUCCAGCAAGGUCACCAGUGUGCCGGGUAAGGCCUCGGACGCCGGCGCCGCCGCCAGCACCAAAUCAGGGAAGGCCAGCACGCUGUCGCGGCGGGAGGAGCUGCUGAAGCAGCUCAAGGCGGUGGAGGAUGCCAUCGCCCGCAAGCGCGCCAAGAUCCCGGGGAAGGUGUAGCGGCCGCCCGGCCCUGGCAGACUUCACGUUUUUAUAAAUAGGGUGAACACAGCCGUUUGGGAUUUUGCAGUUAAUGUCUGUCUUUGGCUGUGAUUCUUUUUAAAUAUUAAAAAAAAAAAAAGUUUCUCAGCCGGAAAAGAAGCCACACACGAAACGACGCCGCAGCCUCGCGCCAGACAGCCAGGUCAGCACGACACACAGCGCCGGUUCUGUAAAUUAUGAGCCCCACCCGCCAGCCGCCGCCUCCCCCGCCAGCCGGGCAGGCGCCACCUGCUGUGCAUCCCUGUCCCCGCACAGCUCGACUCUUCCUCAACUGCUGGCAGCCUCUCCCGUCCCUCCCUCGCCCCCAGGAUCGAAAAUAUAUAUAUAUUCUUGACUAAAGUCUGAUCAGGAAAUGUUUCCUGUCUUUUAUUUUAAACAUCAAAUUGUUUUAGUUGAUUUAAAAAGAAAAAAAAUACAGAAGAAAAGACCAAAAAAAAAAAGGCCAAGGGUACUGUCGGGGCGUCUGUCUAAUGUGGAGGGUCUUUUUUUGAGGGGUCUCCUAAAAUAAAAUAUUUUGAUAA